ACCAAGGGAACGGCAACCCAACUAAAAUAUUUAAUUAUACAGCAUUGGAAAACAGCUAUUUGCACACUCACCCAUACCAAUCGAAUAUACAGAACCUUGGGUUAUAUACUCCCAUUGUAAACCACAAAGUAUAUUUCAAAAGGUAACACCACCAAGUGUUACCCCGCCAUUUUCACAAUGCCGAUGCUUGCAGACCCCUCGAAGAAGUACAAGAGGUUUCCACCUUUGAAGCUUGAAAACCGCACAUGGCCGAACAAGAUAAUUGAGAAGCCGCCGCGAUGGCUCGCAACAGACUUGCGUGAUGGCAACCAGAGCUUGGUGGACCCAAUGGAUGGCGAACAAAAGUGGAAGUACUUUCAGAUGCUUGUGGAGCUCGGCUACAAGGAGAUUGAGGUUUCGUUCCCAUCUGCGUCCCAAACCGACUUCGAUUUCACACGCCGACUUGUCGAGACUCCAGGCGCAACACCGGACGAUGUGUGGCUCCAGGUCCUCUCCCCAUGCAGGAAAGACUUGAUUCUCCGAAGUGUCGAUUCUCUCAAGGGAGCCAAGAAGGCCCUUCUCCAUUUAUACCUCGCCACCAGCGAAUGCUUCCAACGCAUUGUGUUUGGAUUUACACAGGAGGAAGGCAUCGCUUUGGCAGUGAAGUGCACGAAGUAUGCUCGCUCGAUCACAAAAGACGAUCCGUCACAAGCCGGCACAGAAUGGGCAUACGAGUUCAGCCCCGAAACCUUCUCAGACUCCAGCCCAGAGUAUGUCAUAAGAAUCUGUGAAGCCGUCAAGGAGGCCUGGGGGCCGACAAAGGAGAACCCGAUCAUUUUCAACCUUCCCGCCACAGUUGAGAUGUCUACACCAAACGUCUACGCGGACCAAAUUGAAUAUUUCUGCACAAAUAUUACUGAGAGAGAGAAGAUUUGCGUUUCUUUACAUCCACAUAACGAUAGAGGAUGUGCCGUAGCAGCUGCCGAGUUGGCUCAGAUGGCUGGUGGAGACAGAGUUGAGGGAUGUUUGUUUGGAAAUGGCGAGCGUACGGGAAAUGUUGAUCUUGUCACUUUGGCACUUAACCUCUAUACGCAAGGUAUCCAUCCAGGGAUUGAUUUCUCUGAUCUCAACAAGGUCAUCGAUGUGGUUGAGGUUAGCAACAAGAUUCCUGUUCACCCUCGAGCUCCAUAUGGCGGGCAGCUUGUUGUCUGUGCCUUCAGUGGCUCUCACCAGGACGCUAUCAAGAAGGGUUUCAACCUUCGGAAAACUGCCACUGAUGAUGACUUGUGGCAAGUACCUUACUUGCCACUUGAUCCUGCCGAUAUUGGCAGAACCUACGAGGCUAUCAUUCGCGUGAACUCUCAGAGUGGCAAGGGAGGCGCGGCGUGGAUCAUUCUUCGCAAUCUUGAAUUGGACCUUCCUCGUGGCUUACAGGUUGAAUUCAGCAAAGUAGUACAGAGCAAGGCUGACACCGUUGGCCGGGAGCUCCUAUCGAGCGAAAUCUCCGAACUCUUCGAGAAGUCAUACUACUUGAAAGAGAACCCAAGAUUUAACUUGGUGGAUUACACUAUCUCGGCUGAUAGGUCUAGCUCGCCGGCGCCACCCGCUGCUGGGAAGACGCAAGAUACCAAGAAUAUGCGAAGAAGAUUCGAAGGUGUCAUUUCCAUUGACGGAGAGGAGCAUAAAUUGAAGGGAAUGGGCAACGGACCUAUCUCUUCUCUCGCAAAUGCACUUUCGUCAAUCGGCAUUGAUCUUGACGUGCAAGAUUAUAAGGAGCAUGCUAUUGGAAAAGGAAAGGGAGUCAAGGCCGUUUCGUAUAUCGAAUGUACAGCUGCUGGAUCUUCGCAUAAGGUGUGGGGUGUCGGAAUCGAUGAGGAUGUUGUUCAGUCUUCUUUGAUUGCCCUCUUGUCGGCCGCAUCAAGCUUUAUCACAAGCAGGCCAAACACGCCGAUUCCAUUCCGCCCCAUGAACAAGGGACGUUGAUACCAAUUAUUUGUAGUCGCUUAUUACACUUUGUGGUAAUAAUUUUCAGUCUGCAUUUGCAUUAUAUGUCCAAAAAAUAAUGGGAACAAAUGGAAACAAAAGUAGUCCUUUUAGUGCAGUUUUAAUUACAAGCUCCUUGAUAUAGCCAGUGUUCGGCGGAUAUAUAUCCGGGUAGUAUCCGUGAAGCUCACGGGUAGGGUAUAUACCCGGCGACGAUCUGACGGGUAGGGUAGGGUAUAUAUCCGGAUACAUGAGGCUGAAUAUUGUAUAUAAAAAUAGAAUAGCGUAUAUAAAAAAGAAUGAAG